AUUUGCAUACAGUUCCUGGUUCUGUCGGCGUAAAUGAGACAGGGCAGUGUCCUGCUCGCCGGGGCGCUCACACAACGAGACCGUAAAAACAUGCUGUAAAGACGUGUAGUGCGUUAAAGCUACGGUGGAACAGGCGGAACCAUGAAGCUCGCCGCUGUGGCUUUUUACGGCUGCGCUCUGGGGCUCCUGGCAGUCGGCCUGCGAGAGCUGCUGACUGGCUUCGAGGAGAACAGAUGCAGUAUGACCUACAUGUACGAGUACCCGGAGUACCGGCGGGUGGCUCUGCCUCGACGAGUGGCCAGACUGUUCCCAGCCUACGGGCUCUACCUGUACGGGGAGGGAGUGUAUGCACAGGAAACCAGAGACCUCAAGCUCACCGGUGCCCCGGUGCUCUUCCUGCCUGGAAACGCAGGCAGUUACAAACAAGCUCGCUCCCUGGGCUCGGUGGCCCUGAGGAAGGCCGAACGCGUGGAGGGAGGUCUCCAUUUUAACGUCUUUACUGUGGACUUCAACGAGGAGCUAGUGGCCCUGUACGGCGGCAGCCUGCUCCACCAGACACACUUCCUGCACGAGAGCAUUAAGGCCAUCCUGAAGCUCUACAAGCACAUGAAGGCCCCUCCUCAGAGCGUGGUCCUUGUGGGCCACUCCAUGGGAGGAGUGGUGGCACGAGCGCUGUUCACGCUGCCUCGCUUCAACACCAACCUGGUGACCCUCAUCAUUACCCAGGCCUCUCCUCACCUUGCUCCCGUGCUGGCUCUGGACCCGUACCUGCUGGACUUCUACGCGGCAGUGAGGCAGAAGUGGGUGAACCAAGGAAACAAACUCAGGAAUGUCACGGUCCUGUCAGUUGGGGGUGGUUACCGUGACUACCAAGUCCGCUCUGGCCUAACUAUCCUACCUUGUCCCUCAGGAGACCUGAACAAACUGUCGCUGGUGGCGACUGCAGUCCCACGCACAUGGGUGUCCACCGACCACCUCUCCAUAGUCUGGUGCAAAGAGCUUGUUCUUGCCACUGUUAGGGCUUUCUUUGACCUCGUCGACCCUCAAACUAGACAGUUCACAGAAAGUCAAGAGAAGAAAAUCUCCGUACUAAAGCAUCACUUCAUCAGACACACUGUCAGAGUGCUGGGAGAGAGUCAGGACAUCUCCAUGCCAGAUUUUCCAGAAGCAUGGAGUGAAGUUAACACACUACGUCUGGCCUACAGCACACCUAAAGAGGGGCAGAUCAAGUAUUUCCUGUUUGCCCUAUCGAGCCGCAGGAAAGCCUACAGCCAUUUCUACUGCAGGAGUAAUGACCUGGAGAUGACCGGCUGGGUGUAUGGCUGUGUGAAGAAUGGAUCUUCAUGUGCUCGUGUUGUAGAUCUAUCCGUGGGAACCGAGCUUCUUCCGUCGUACAAAGUCCUGAUACUGACCCUCACUGACCUGUCUGCAGUUACUCAUCUAGUUGUUUCGGCAUCAAACCUUAAUGGCAGACAGUUUACGGUGGAGUGCGAGUGGCAGAGACGAGAGUUCCAGACUCUGUCCGUCCCAGUGCCACAUGUCUGGUCCUCCGGUUUGACUGCCAGCGACGUUGUGAUCCACUCCUCUGGACUCCUUCACACCGUCAGGCUGCAGCACUUCCACCAGGUGUAUCAGGCUUUUCGAAUCAACAUUGCGAGCCAGUGCAAAGUACAUAAAGACAGAAUGCCCAGUGUGUACAGGUUACAGGCGCCUUGGUUUCGAGAGGACUCUCUAACCACAGUCGGUGUGCCUUCAGUGACUGAGAUCUCAGGGAUGCUUCAUACCAGUCGCCCAGAUAGCGACUCUGACGCCCUCCUUCAGCUCCACACUGCCCCCAACUGCCAAUACAAAGUUUCAAUAAGGAGUUCAUUACCCGGGGUGCUGGGGCAGAUCCUGAGGUUUUGUGGUCUUAUGGUCCCAGUGUACACAGCUGUCACACUUCUCCUGGCCAGUGAAGGGCAGUUCUCCUCCAUCCUGAGGUCAAGGCAAGCUGCAGACAUGAGCCAUGUUGUAAGCAAAGGCCUGCAGCCUCUGAAAGUCAACCUGCCUGUUUACAUUCUGCACAUCCUGCUUAGCUAUAGCUGGUUUCGAGAGGCUUGGUCCAUUCUCUGUCUCCCUCCCAUGGACGCCCUCCCUUCAACCUUCCCUGAUAAUGCUUUUAAUGUAGACGUGGCUCCAGUUGAAGAAUGGCCCCAUGUCCUAUCUCCUCUGCUUUACAUUCUGGGAGCAGCUGUGUCCUACUGGGGAACCAUGCUGCUCCGUCUCAUCAUACGACUGCUCUCACUGAUGUUAGCUCCAUUACACAGGCCAUCUGUCUCUAGACACUGUGGGACUCUAGGGCUUCGGAGCCAAGUCUUCAUCACUCUGUGUCUGAUUGUUGUGAGCAUGAAGUCGUGUGGAGGACUGGCGAUCUCUGCUGCCUUUUUGGUCCACCUGUAUAGGGUGCUGAGGCUACAGAUGACUGUGAGAUCUCUGAGUCACAUGCUGAAUCUUGCGCCACAUACAUACAAAGAGGCUAAGAAUGGUACGACCGACACAGAGUCCCUGGUGAAGUCUAGUGAGUGUAACGGCACCCCACUGCUGUCUGAGUGUGCUCUGCAGGAAGUGAAGGACGACCUGCAGCUCCACCUCUGCCUGUCCUCACUCUUCAUGCUACCCGUUCUUCUCGGUGCACCCUCAUUCAUCUACUGGAUUCGCAACCUAAGGUAUUCGGCCCAGUUGGACCCGGACCCUUGCUGGCCGCUGACUGUGCCUCUCAUUGUUGUGUACAUGCUGCUCAUUAACUGCAACACUUUAAAGCUCAGCAACAGUAAACUCCUGCCACUGACCUCAUGCCUCCCUCUGCCCUUGGCCAUUACCAUGGUGACCUUCUGUCCACUUCACCUCUACAGAGUCUCCUACUUCUUGCUUUUAGCACUUGUGCCUCUGGCCUUGUGUUGUCCACUUUAAUGGUAUCUACAUUUCUACCGUAAUAAGCCUUUCUCUAACUUCCAGCCUGAAGCUAGUUGAUGCUGAUUUGACCUAAACACUUACUGGAUCAAUCUGCCUGGAGCAGAGCCAUAGACAUACAUAGCUUGGGGAACUGACUGCUUCAUGCUGGCAUGAAAAGCUCCAUGGCAGUUAUUCUACAUUUUAAGAGGAGGUAAAGGCACUGGAACAUUUUGUGCUAACAUAGCUCUGUUGGACUGAAACCAAGUUUGCCUUACUCUGUAUAUCUAUAGCUCUGCCUUCAAGAGCAGGAGCUCUGCAAUCAGUGAAGCUAUUGAUAUUAGAGAUUUACGACAGGGUGGUAUAGUUAAAGUGUUACUGUGGUUAUUGAUGUCUAGUAUCUGUAGUGGCAUCAUUUACUGUGCUCACUAUGCUGUAAACUCCUACACUGCCCGCUGCUUAGCAACGACCUCCAGCUCUAUGUAAAUAUUACACAUUGACUGUCAAGCACUGCCACAAAGCCAGUGGCAGGGUUCUACAUGCAUUCCAUAGGCAGAACCCAAAGUGAUCGUGUUUACAUUCUCUCCUAAUUAUUUUCUGAGCCCGGCGGUGUUAAUAGGAGCAGACACUGUCUUUCAUUAUGUUUGUGUAGAGUGUGCCAUAAAUCGGGUCUUUAUUUUGGGGUUAAUAUAGAUGAAGUUUAACGUAGCUACAUCACAUGUAUACAAACAUUUACUCUAUGAUUUUACAGUAUGUACAGCUGCCAGCACCGGCUCUUAUGCUACUGUAGACGCUUUCAAAGAACACUUGAAGCUUUGCAGUGCAGACUUUUCACAAUGAAGGCAUUCCAACCGUUUAUACUGUAAAACUAUCGGACAUUGAAGCUGAAAUAGGAGCAAUCACUAGAUAGUAAGUCAAAUCAUGCAGUAAAUGAAGAGUAAAAACAAAAUAAGUCCCAGUGGUGCUGUGACGGAGGUGCAUUGAGUUAAGCCAAAGUCUCCUGUAAUAUUGAUAAUUAUCUGGUCUGAUCACGUUAAUAAAUCUGUGCUCCGUCCACAGCGACUAUUCCCGAACAAACGAUCGUCUGACAGAAGCUGUGUAACAUAUGAACAAGCCUGUCAGCUCUGUUAUUUAUAGGACUCAUGCAAAUAUCCAUUGAAAACACGAAUGUACUUUAUGGAAUGUUGUAUGUACCUCACAGAUUCAUACGAUAUUAAUAACUGGGGUAUUUAAUGGAGUUGAAGUAGAACAUUGAAAGGUUGUUUUGUUUUUGUUUUUUUUUUAAUGCUGUUUGUGGUUUGAAAGCAUUGCCUACAUGUCACAGCAUUGCUGCAGUCUGUCUUUACUGCAUGUGCCAAAGUGUGGACAUUCUAGACUGAACGGGUUUUGUGGACAAAAGAGUUUUGAGUUUUUUAUGUUAUGAACAAACAUGGACACGUGUUUAAACUACAGAGGAGAAUAUAUACACAAUCAGACAAUAAUAGAGGGGUUUGUUUGGGGUUCAGUCAUCCACUGCAUCCACACAGCCUGCAUGAACCCAUCACCCAUUAGACCAAUUUAAAGUGCUAUUACAAAGAAAAUGAUGUCCACUGGUUCAGGCUGUGAGCUUCCUGUAGGUUGGGCCUGUUGGAAGCUGUGAUGCAGCUGUCGGCUCAGUAAAGCUCAUACUGUCUCCUGCUGUGCAAGAAAUGUCUUAUUUUUAGUGGGUGUCCUAUUAAACUCUUCUCUGCUGUG